UAAAGUAAUUAAUAUACAAUAAAUACGAAACUAAACUCCUGUCCCCACCAAAGGAAAAGCGCCAUCUACUGAAACAAAACGUGAAGAUCGAAGUAAAAGGAAGACAUCAUGUCUGACGAUAGUGCAGACAGUGACUUCUCUGACCCUGAAAGUGUGCACAGUACCAGUGGACCUGGCAGUCCUGCGGGCAGCGUGUCAGGAAGUGAGAGGGGCAGCAGACCAGGGAGUCCAGCUGGUAGUGGUAGCGGACCAGGCAGCCCUGGAGGAAGUGGAUCUGGGAGUGGAGGAGAGAGUGGGGGGGAAGGAAGUGAUGUAGAAGUAGGACAUCGGAGGAAGAGCGUUUUGGACGACGAUGAAGAGGAGUACGAUUCGGAAGAGGAAGAAGAUGAUGAUGGGAGAAGGAAGAAGAAGAAACCGAGGCUGUCUGGUUUCAUCAUCGACGAAGCUGAUGUCGAUGAUGAGGGUGAGGAUGAUGAAGAUGAAUGGGAGUCUGGAGCUGAAGAUCUGAUUGAGGCAAAGUCUAACUAUGAGGGUCCAACUGCCAGAGAAAUAGAGGGAAACCGGAGACUUGAACACUUGUUCAAGUCGCAGAAGGAAGACGAAAUUGAGGCAUAUUUGAGACAGAAAUAUGAGGACUCGUCCUUCACAGAGAGGUUUGGGGAGGGUGCAGAAAUGUCAGAUGAAAUCACACAGCAAGGGUUACUCCCUGGAGUCAAGGAUCCCAAUCUUUGGCUGGUCAAGUGUCGUAUUGGGUUUGAGCGAGAGACUUCCAUACAGCUCAUGCGCAAAUUUGUUGCCUACCAGUUCACAGACGAACCACUUCAGAUAAAAUCUGUGAUAUCCAAGGAAAGCCUGAAAGGUUACAUCUACAUUGAGGCAUUCAAACAGACUCAUGUCAAACAGGCCAUAGAAGGCAUUGGAAACCUCCGAAUGGGACUCUGGGCACAACAGAUGGUUCCGAUUAAGGAAAUGACAGAUGUUAUGAAAAUUGUGCGCGAGGCGACAGUCAUCAAAGCGAAGGCUUGGGUGCGGCUCAAACGUGGCCUGUAUAAAGAGGACCUGGCUCAGGUUGAUUUUGUGGAGCCAGCCCAGAACAUUGUACACUUGAAGCUGAUACCAAGAGUCGACUACACGAGACAGAGAGGAGUAAUGCGGAAUGCACAGGAUACAGAAAAGCGGAAAAAGAAAAGGAGACCAGGACAGAAAUUGUUUGACCUAGAUCAGAUCAGACAAAUUGGUGGUGAUGUCUCGACUGAUGGUGACUUCCUCAUGUUUGAGAACAACAGGUAUAGUCGGAAAGGCUUUCUCUUCAAGAGCUUUGCUAUGUCUGCCAUCAUCGCAGAAGGCAUCAAACCAACAUUGGGAGAGCUGGAGAAAUUUGAGGACCAACCGGAAGGGGCAGAAAUAGAUUUGAUCCCGGAGAAGUCGGUGGGGGAUGUAAACCAUACCCUGAUCCCUGGAGAUGUGGUGGAGGUAUGUGAGGGCGAGUUGGUACAUCUCCAGGGUAAGGUCAUCAGUGUUGAUGGUAACAAGAUCACUAUGAUGCCCAAGCACGAGGACUUACAAGAUCCACUCGAGUUUCCCUGCAAUGAGCUCAAGAAACACUUCAGGAUGGGUGACCAUGUGAAAGUGUUAGCGGGUCGGUUUGAGGGAGAUACAGGCCUUAUUGUCCGUGUUGAGGAUAACAUGGUCGUCCUAUUCUCGGACCUCACUAUGCAUGAGCUGAAGGUCUUGCACCGAGACUUACAGUUGUGUGCGGAAAUGGCUACAGGAGUAGACUCCCUGGGACAGUUUCAGUUUGGCGACCUCGUCCAGCUCGAUCCACAGACAGUGGGGGCGAUCGUGCGACUGGAGAAGGAAAACUUUCAGGUCCUCAGCAUGCACAACAAGGUACUGAAUGUAAAACCACAAGCUGUGACGCGAAAAAAAGACACGAAGAAUGCAGUGGCCCUGGACUCUGAGAGCAACAAUAUACAGACCAAGGACAUUGUCAAGGUCAUAGAUGGGCCACACUCGGGUCGCCAAGGGGAGAUAAUGCACUUAUAUAGAAGUUACGGCUUCCUUAUGUCAAGAAUGAUGACAGAGAAUGGUGGCUAUUUUGUGUGUCGAACCAGACAUUUGGUAUUAGCAGGAGGGGCGUCCAAGCAAACUACAACAAGUAUUGGUGUGGCUGGCUUUAUGUCUCCACGGCUGUCGAGCCCAGCCCAUCCAGCCAGCGGAGGUGGUGGAACACCAGGCAGUGGUACCCCUGGACGAGGGCGAGGGGGAGGGGGUGGAGCUUUCAGUCGUCGGGACCGUGAACUUAUUGGUCAAACUGUCAGGAUUGUUCAGGGUCCUUUCAAAGGAUAUAUUGGUAUCGUGAAGGACGCAACAGAUUCGACGGCACGUGUUGAGCUACAUUCCAGCUGUAAAACAAUCUCAGUAGACAAGACCCGACUCACAACACUCACUGGUGGAAAGCCCAGUGGAAGGUCCUCAUCAUACGGAAAGACACCAACAUACAUGGGUGGACAAACACCAAUGUACGGAUCACGCACACCAAUGUAUGGUUCUCAAACGCCACUUCAUGACGGCAGUCGUACUCCCCACUAUGCCACACCAGGAAGUCGAACCCCUCUACACGAGCCGGGCAGUAUGACACCUGGGGCUAGUGCCUGGGAUCCAGCUAAUCCUAACACUCCCAGCAGGAGUUCUGAGUUUGAAGACUACAGUUUUGAUGAGUCAUCCCCAGCCAACUACAACACUCCCAACCCAGCCACACCGGGAUACCAAGAGAGCACACCCAGUCCUCAGGGACCAUUUACGCCGCAGACCCCUGGGACCAGUUACUCUCCCUACGGUCAAGCUGCACCCUCUCCUGCUAGCUAUCAAGCACCUAGUCCAGCUGGGUUUGGCAGCACCCCAAGUCCUAGUGGUUACCAGCCAUCCCCGUCACCUGGGGGUUUCUCCAGCAGUCCUUCACCCAUGGGGUACAGCCCCAUGACCCCAGGGGCACCCUAUACCCCACAGACGCCCGGCAUGGCUAUAGACCACAGUAUGGCAGACUGGCACACCACAGAGAUUGAGGUCAAAAUCAGGGAAACACACGACGACCCAAAUCUUAUCUACCAGACUGGCACAAUCAGAAGUGUUACGGGUGGCAUGUGUUCCGUGUACAUCGCAGAGGAAGACAAGACAGUCAAUGUGGCUUGUGAUCAUUUGGAACCUGUCCUGCCUGAAAAGGGUGACAAGGCCAAGGUAAUUCUGAGUGAGGAGAGAGAGCUGACCGGUACACUCCUGAGUAUAGACGGUGGCGAGGGUGUCAUAAAGACCGACCAUGGCGAGAUCAAGAUGUUACCGAUACGCUACCUCUGUAAAAUGACUUAAUCUGCUAUGGUACAGAGGAAACUACAGCAGGAUAACUAAUAAACAAUCGCCUAGCUAACCUUACAUUGUUAAUAUCAGUGUUUGUGGUGGUUUGAUAAAGUCACAGGCAAAUGCUUUUUGCAGGAAUUGGAGUUUUAGUUAAAAAAUCUUUAGUUUGUCAGUGGAAAAACAUUGUUUAUGUGUUUAUUGUAUGUGUGAAUGUGUGAAAAAUAGCAGUAUCUGGACCCAAAGGACUAGGGGCGUUAAAGGUCAUUUUCGACCUCGUAGGGGGAUGUGAAUUAGUUGUAUUCGUUAUCUGGAAUAAGUGAAGUAUGCAAAUAUGAAAUUUCAAAUUCAUUCGACAACUGGUUAAGGAGAUAUUGCAUUACAAAGAGACAUAAACCCGCAUUUUCGUAACAAAAUGCGUGAAUAUUGUCUGUUUUGUACUAUUUGGUUGACAAUUUGCCAUUUUGAAGGAAACUAACUAAACACUCUUAAACUUUUGAAAGCCUCUGCAUUUGCGGAAAGGAAUUUUUGUCAAAUGCGGAGGCUUUCAUUUCUGCAUGCUAACUUUCCCAAAACACCAUAUUUUUGCUAUUUCUACAUAGUAAUGCAAUUUCGUUGCUAUGGCAGGUCAUAUAUGCAUGUUCAUUGGAAAAUUCUGCACCAAGUUUAAAAUAUGUUUAUAGCAGAAAUUGGUAAAUAAAUGCAAGUUAAAAUUUUCACUUAUGAGGCCAAAAUUGACCCAUAAUGCCCCAGGUCCUUUAAAUAAUGAGACCGAGUCUCGCGGAACUAUGUUGGCUUGGAAAAGAAUUUAUGACUGUGUAUUUGGGAACAGUUUUUCUGUUGUGUGGCAAUCUGUGGUGCUUUCAGUCAGAUCUGGUGUAGGGUUGGAAACUUUAAAGUUUAGGACAUUCUGGCAAAGUCAUUUCUGUACCACUCAAUCUGUAGAAGGAAGGCCAUUAUCUGUCAAAAAUUGACCAGGACAUUUCUGUAGAGGUGGUCAGUUUGUACUGUAAGAACACCAUGGUCAGUUUUGGCUAGGUCAUACCUGUUGAAGAAGGGAUUAAUUUAUAUAAUAAUAUCGCCUGGACAUCAAUUCUUGUUCAAAAAAAUGUUUCAUUUGGCAAAAUACUGAGGGGAAAAAAUGUUUUUUCUAUUUUCUUUGAGCUUGUCUAUUUUUUAUUAAUAUUUUAAAUUUGGUCCUAUCAGAUCAUUGAACUUGAAAAUUGAACAGAUUUUGUUCCCUUCAGCAGUGUUAACUGUCUCGGUUUCGUAAACACGUUUUUGUCGGUGGGGAAAGACAGUUUUAGUUUGGCAUGAUGCCUCAAUUUAUUCUUACAAUGUUACAAGUUUUUAUAUGUCCGCUAAAAGCAGAGCGUGAUGUGUUGUCCCCCGUUUGUCUUUACGUAAUGCCACAACUAGUCUCAGUUUUUGACGAAAUCUUUUUAGAUUUAGUGUGAAUGCUGAGAAUUGUAUGCAGAUUACAGAUUACGAUAGUUAUAGCCGUUUAACUUCAGCACACAAAAAUUUGGGCAUAAGAUAACCUGUGACAAAAUGUUCUUCUCUUAUUCCUGGCAAGUAAAGUUUAAUAUGUUUUCCGAUUUUAAUACCAGGAAAUAAUCAAACUUGCCUUUGUUUUGGUGAAUAAUGCUCAAUAAUGUGAUGCUCGUUAACUAAUUUACAAAACAUUUUACCACAAAAACAAAAUUGGCUGGAGAACCAUCCACUUUAUAGUUUAUUGUUUGACCUCAUCAUCUCGUCUCAUUACCCGACUAGUUUGUCAAUGGCCUCAUCGUUUCUCAUUACCUGUACGAUCGACUAGUGUGAAAAUGGUCUGAAUUCUUAUUCUUUAUUUUAAAGUGGAAACAUGUUAUGAUGCAAAUGAAAAGAAAUUGUACAUGACCUUUAACUGUACAAUUUAAAAUGUAAACAAAAUAUUAUGUAUUGUUCUGUUGCUUAAAUAAAAGUUUUAAGCCAGUUUUUCAAGUUUCUUCUGUUUCACUGCAGAAUACUCUAAGGG